CCCCUCUCUCUCUCUCUCUCUCUCCCUCUCUCUCUGUACAAAGACAGCCUCGCUCUACCUUCCCCUCGUCUCUUGCUGUCAUGGAGGUGUUUUCGAACAGGCGGCGUUAAGAGCUGCUGCUUCUUCUUUUUUUUUAUUUCCCCCUCCGCAACUUUCUCCUGCUGAAAUGUGCGAGCGUCUGGAUCCGCGCUCUGCCGAGAGAGGACGUCUUUCCCUGGGUUUAACACAAGGAAGCGUCGCCUGAGAGAGAGAGAGAGAGAGAGAGGGGGGGAAGGAUCGAAGCUUUUUCCUCCUCUCCUCCACCUCCUCCUCCUUCUCUUCGCCCCCUCUCCUCCUCUUUUUGGCGGAGAGAGGGGCUGAGACAGGAAUACACGCUCUUUUUUUUUGUUUUCUGUGUUUUUCUUUUAAUGCAUUUGAGUCCUACUGCGCCACCAGAGCGGAUCACGUGGGGCCGGAGAGAGUUGGAUCGAUUUUUGCACAGUUCAAUGUGAGAAAGAGAGAGAAACAAACAACUCUUAUUUCUUCUUUCACUUCCAUGGAUAACUGGGACUGUUGAUACUUUUGCAUCAGUGCAAGAGGAGCAAAGGGGGGAGUUGGUUCUUUCUUUCAGCCUUGGAGGUGUGGAGUAUUAAUUCUUAUAUGCCUGGGUUUUGAAAAACAAUGGAGACGCACAUUUCGUGCCUCUUCCCGGAAAUUUUGGCCAUGAUUUUCAGCUAUCUGGACGUGAGGGACAAAGGCAGGGUUGCCCAAGUGUGCAUCGCUUGGAGGGAUGCAUCCUACCACAAGUCGGUGUGGAGGGGGGUGGAGGCCAAGCUGCACCUCCGCCGGGCCAAUCCCUCCCUGUUCCCCAGCCUCCAGGCCAGGGGCAUCCGGAGGGUCCAGAUCCUCUCGCUGCGCCGCAGCCUGAGCUAUGUGAUCCAGGGGAUGCCCAACAUCGAGUCCCUCAACCUGUCCGGCUGCUACAACCUCACAGAUAACGGGCUGGGUCAUGCAUUCGUGCAGGAGAUCCCAUCACUGAGGGUUUUGAACCUGAGUCUGUGCAAGCAGAUCACAGACUCCAGUCUAGGCAGGAUAGCUCAGUAUCUGAAGAACCUGGAGGUGCUGGAGCUUGGUGGCUGCAGCAACAUCACCAACACUGGGCUUCUCUUGAUAGCCUGGGGCCUGCACAGACUCAAGAGCCUCAAUCUGAGGUCCUGCAGGCAUGUCUCGGAUGUGGGGAUUGGACAUUUGGCGGGCAUGACCCGCAGCGCUGCAGAGGGCUGCUUGAACCUGGAGUACCUGACUCUCCAGGACUGUCAAAAACUGACGGACCUGUCUCUCAAGCACAUUUCCAAGGGGCUGACAAAGCUCCGGGUACUGAACCUGAGCUUCUGUGGGGGGAUCUCGGAUGCAGGGAUGAUCCACCUCUCCCACAUGGCCUCUCUGUGGAGCCUCAACCUACGCUCCUGUGACAACAUCAGUGACACAGGGACCAUGCACCUCGCCAUGGGCACCCUAAGGCUCUCAGGACUUGACGUGUCCUUCUGCGACAAGAUCGGGGACCAGACCCUGGCGUACAUCGCCCAGGGGCUGUACCAGCUCAAGUCACUGUCCCUGUGCUCGUGUCACAUUUCUGACGAUGGGAUAAACCGGAUGGUGAGGCAGAUGCACGAGCUGAGGACCCUGAACAUUGGACAGUGUGUGCGCAUCACGGACAAAGGGCUGGAGCUCAUAGCGGACCACCUGACCCAGCUGGCGGGCAUCGACCUGUAUGGAUGUACCAAGAUCACCAAGAGGGGACUGGAGAGGAUCACACAGCUCCCCUGCCUUAAAGUGUUGAACCUGGGACUCUGGCAGAUGACAGAGAGUGAGAAAGUGAGGUGAUUGAAAAUGUUCUUUUGUAAGUGUGUGUGUGUUUUCUUUUUCUUUUUUGGAAGGGGAACAUGAGAGCAUGAAGAGGGAUGUAUUGGAUGGGAGGAGAAACAUCUUUUCUUCUUUAAAAAGAGAAAACCCUCCUGUGUAGGUGCGCUUCUCCCAUGUGACCACGAUUUUCUGUCCAAAUGUUUUGCGUUUCGUUCUGUUGGCCUUGCAGGAUCUAAAUUAGUGUUUGAUAUGACUAGAGGAAGAAUUAAAACCUGCUUUUUUGUUUUAAUCUCAUACAAAUCAAUGCUAGCAAUUGUUUUGAUCUCACACUGAGUUUUAACAUCUCAUGAAGUCUGACUUUGGACUGGAGUUACUUCAAUGCAAAUCAUCUCCUCUCACACAUUUUCUAAAGGUGUCUAACUAUUAGAAUAAUCAGCUGCAUUUACUGACACUUGCUUCUGUGGGAAAUCUUGAAGCGUAAACUUGCAUUCAUCCAGUUUGGCAGAUUCCUUUUUAUUCUAAAAGCAAAGUGAGGUUUUAAAACUUUGGUAGGAGACUUUUAUUUUUCUUACUGUGAGUCUGGAUUUGAAACAUUUACGACCUAAUCUCCGCGACAGCCAUCACGCCUAAAGAAACAUUUGGCUACCUCGUAUGUGGUUGUUUUCAAAGGGUGUAUACUGUUAAAAAGGAAAAGAAGGAAGGCGAGAAUGAAAGACUGGGAGAAAAUGUGCCUAAAGGGACUGUGUCUGCCCCCUCCCCCAUCCCUCUU